AAUCGAGUAGGAGCAAUAGAACCUGUAUUAAUGUAUUUGACCAGAAGAUGGCGCACUAUAUAGGUUUCUAACAGUCUAUGGAUUCAAACGAGGAACAUUUGAGAUUAGAAUCAGUUUUUGGUGAAAAGGCAAAUUAUUUCAAGGUCGCAGUGGGGGCUGAUGGAAAGACAGAUUGUGAACUUACACAAAAGUAUUGUGGUGCAAUGAUACCGUGAUGAUUCUUUGAUUUUUAGAAUAUCAUAUUGAUGGUUUUUACAUGCUAUUCCAAAGUACUGUAGGCUAUUUUAAAUAUCACUCUAGCAUGAUAUCAUUAUAAAUGUCCAAAUUAUGGUAUUGCCAUUGUAUAUUUCCCAAAACUGACAUGGUAUGACCAUGCGUUCUGCAAACGAUGGCACUCCUUGGUAACGUUACCUUCAUGAAGCUGGAGAAACUAUAAUUAUCUAAACAAUCCAUUGCACAAUCAUAGUGAAAGGAAAUGAGCACGAUGAUCAUUUUUCACAUUCUGAACUCUGUCCAAACCCAUCAUUAACACACAAAACACCAAGCACAACACAAGUGAUUGUUAAAGUUAAUCAUUUAUGUUGUUAUGAGGAAGUGAACGGCAGCCUGAGAUGCUUUAGAAGGAUCUCCAGGAAACCAUUAUGCUAUAUGAAACACACAUACUUCAACCAGGGAAGAAAAAAGGGAUGUAUAAAAUAAAAUCCUUCUGACAGUUAAGACUUUUAUCAUCCUUAAUUUGGAAAAAAUAACAAGGGAAAACGAUUAAGCAAAACAGCAUCUUUUAGAGUUCAUGUGGAGCUGUAACAGUUUGUUAAAGGCAACAUGAAAGCAGACGACAAGCUUCAGAUCUUGAAAUUCUUUCUAAUGCUGGUCAAUUCCUUCUUUGUGAUUCUUGGCAUCAGCGUUUUUGCGUGUUCUGCUUGGAUUUUAUUUGAUAAGGACAGCUUUGUUAGCGUUCUCAGCUCUGGACAGGAAGUGAAGGAGGUGGCUGGGGGGCUCUUUUUCAUCGGCCUUGUUGUGGUUAUUGUGUCCUUGCUGGGUUAUGCUGCUGCCUAUUUUGAGAGCAGAUGUUUCAUCAUAUUUUAUAUGUGCUUCUUAAUAGUCAUCAUUCUGGGUCAGCUUUUCACCACCGUUGUGCUGUUAAUACGAAGAGAGAAGAUUGAGCAGUUUUUGAAGGAUAAUGUGGAUGAGAUCAUUAGGCAGUACGGAGGAAAUGAAACCCAAACAUCUUGGAAACUUCUAGACAGUGUGCAGACUUCUGCACAAUGCUGUGGUAGGCUGAACUCAAAUGAAUGGAGGAAUAACACAGUUAUUGAGUCGCUGGGGGGGUCUGACAUCUACCCUUGCUCCUGUUUUAACGGUACCUGCCCUGUAAUUCUGGCUGGAACACACAGCUUUGGAAACGGAUCAGACAUUUAUAAAACGGUCUGUGAGAAGGUUUUAAUGGACUGGCUGGAGAUGAAUAUAAUCGUAAUAUUUGGAAUGGAUGUUGGGCUUCUUUUGAUUCAGAUUCUGCAGUUUAUCUUUGGCAUCCAAACCUUCAUAUGCAUCGGCCGCAAGACGAGGGAACUGCAUCCCAAUAAUCUCCUGAACGACAUCGAGGAGAACCCAGCAGCACAGCGUGAACACCAGCAGUACAGUAUGCAAAAUCAUCAGUCUGAUAGUCAAACCUGUGACCUUCAAAUAGACAUUGGCUACUAUCAUCACAGUGAAUAUGUUGACGGGAAUUAUGACGACCCUGAAUUUAUAACAGGAUAACAGUCAAAUGUAAAAUAGCCAGCAUAAUUUGCAUUACCAACAUGGCUACAAUGGCAGUUAUGAUCGGGGAUAUAUGCAAUAAUUAAACUACCAUAAGAGCUACAAUCCUCAUGAUUACUGAAGCCACAUUUCUUCUCUCAUGUAACGUGAUCAGAUUGGGAUGGGCUAAUUUGCUGUGGUCUGUGCCUGACCAAAGACAUCUAAAACCUUCUCGUGAGACCAUUGUUUUGUUUCACUAAGUUCAGGUUCGUGCUUGUUCCCAGGAGUGCCAUCUGUCAUCUUAAAGACAACCAGCAUCUUUUCCUCAAACAAUUCAUUCCAGACCUCUAAAGUCAAAGGCUUUUUAAGACAAAAUAUUUCCACAGAAGUCACAGUUCAGGGUGUGAUGACAGACAAUUAAUCUCUUUUUUUCUUUGGAAGAUUUGAUACGUUUCCAUUUUAUUUUAAUGCCCCAUGACAUGUAUUGUAUUCACAGGUAGUGUAUAACUGUAGUAGUGUAAUUAUAUAAAAAAUGACUGACCUUUGAAAUUAUAACCAAUAUAAUAUGAGACAAUCACACACAAUAACUAUCCGCAAUAAGAAUAAUAUUAAAACACUGUUAUAUGGCAAAAAAAAAUAUAUAUAUAUAGUAUUCAAAACACUUUAAAUAAAG